ACAGAAGCUGGAAAAGAAUAAAUAGAUGACAAUCGCUGUUGAGAGGGAAGAAAAGAGUUUUGGAUUUUGGUGCUGUGAGAAAUUUAUAGAGAGAGAAAGAGAGAUGUGUUUGGUUUGUGGAAUAAUUGGUGACUUGAAUCGUUGAAUGAGAUAUUAUUGAGUUUGAUUCAGAAAUGAACAAAGACGAAAGCGAUAGGAACGAAAAGAAAGCGCAAGAUAUUAAGCUUUGGGGAGUUUUCAUCUUCGGAUUAAUCGGCGCCACCGUCACUGCUUUCUCCCUGUCCAGGUCGCAGGCAAAAGGAGGCAGCUCUUUCCGAACAGCAUUUCAAGAAGAAGCAUGGAAGAGGUACAAUAAGCGAUUGCAAGAGGAGUAUGAGGAGGAGAUGGAGAGGGUGGAACGAAUAAGACGUAUGCAAAGUGUGUUUAAUAGAGAAAGGGAUAAGCAUAGAAGAAACUACGAGAGCUGGAAGGAAAAUGGUGCCGGUGCACAUCAUCAACAUUUCCAAAGAGAUGAUUGGUAUUGGAAGGCUGAAGCAUCCUUCAGAGAGCAGUGGGCCAAUCAACAUACUCAAAGAGGGAGCGGAAACUAUUCGUUAUCACAUCACUACUCAGUUUUAGGUCUUGACAGGUUUAGAACAACACCAUAUACAGAAGCGGAGAUUAAGACAGCAUUUAGGACCAAGGCAAAGCAGUAUCAUCCUGACCAGAACCAGGAUAAUAGAGAGGCUGCUGAGGCCAAGUUCAAAGAAGUAAUUUGUUCAUAUGAGGCCAUACAACAGGAAAGAAAAAACCAGAAUCUGUAAUUGGCCACCUCUGCCUAACAAUCCUGGAACCUUAAAGAAUUAAGCUGAAAGGAAUUCUCACCUUAGGAUUACAAAGAGAACGGCGUAAGUUUGAGAAGCAGCCAUCACAAACAAUGGUAAGAGGUGCAUAUGUUGCCAAUUCCUGACCAUCUUUGGUCUUAUAUUGCACACCUUUAAUUGUCCCCUUCUCUUCAAUUAGGGAAGUGACUGUUCCUUGCUCCAAUCGUACACUGCAGAAUAUUUAAAAAGAAAAAACACCAUGUAAAUAUGACUUUACAAGUAAAUAUCUCUAGCUCAAUUGAACAACUAAAAUCACAUUUGUAAUUCUCAUAUCAUCACUACUACUGUUGGCAUUCUGGUUCUUAUUCUGAAUUCUGAUAGCAUUAUGAUAAUUAUAUCAAUUGGCUGCCCGUAUGAUGAUAUGAUCAAAUACUAUUAGGAAACAGAAGCUAAUGGCAGAACAACUUUCAAUCAAAUUACUUUGGUUCAUGUAACAUGACUAGAAUAUCAAACCAAAUCAACUAAAAUGGCAUCAAGGUUAAACACAUAAACUGAGGUCAAAUUUUACAUUUAUUACAAAAAUAGAAUCCUAAAGGUAGUUGUAACUAGUUGUAACUCUGUAACAAGCAAUCUCUAAUCUCUUAUCUGUUUUUUUAUAUAUGACAAACAACUACAAGAACUAGUAAGCAUAUUCUAUAAAGUAUAAAGCCGCAAAGGAAGAAAUCAAUACUUGGGAAUGGAGGCGGCUUUCUCCCGCAUCCUCUGAAUAAAGCGCCCAUUAUGAAAGCUUCUGCCAGAGACAUCUGAGUGAAACUUCUCCAAGGGGUAAGAGAGACGAGUAUGUUUCCCAUCCUUGAAAAGUGCAUAACCAAACACUUGCUGAGCAUCAAUUUUGUCCACACAAUCUGCAGUUAAACACAAGACGGAUAUCAUUUGGCACAGAUGUUCAGACAAAAUUGUAGAUAUAAUUCUCCAGCACCCAUGAUCAACCACAAUUUACAAGUACAAUAAGCGGCAUGCAAUAGUUAAUAUUUACACUACCUUCAAGUCCGAGCUCAAUUAAUUUGAGAUAGCCACCGGGUUGUAGCAACUCUCCAACAAUUCGAUCAGGCUCACUCAGGUCUCUUUCAAUGACGUGUACUCGACGCCCAUCCUGUAAUACAAAAUAUUUAUGCAGUCAACACUCGUAAAUAUCGAAAAACAGUACUCAACCUACCUACCACACAAUCCUUAAGAGUUAAAAACUCCAAAAAAAUAUGUAUGUCCUGAAUCUCGCUAAUCAACGACACAACACAACUCAACAAUAUAACAGUUAGUGCCGAAUAACUCAAACUCAAAUUCGAUUCUCAUAGGUGGGGUCUUCGCAGACAGCAGAACUAAAAAUAAGGACGAUAAUAACUAGUUGAAUUUUUCGUUAAUACCUAAAAUUACCUACGUAACUCUUCUCACUUCAGAGAAGCCACAUCCAAAAAUUACAAUCCCGCUAGAUUUUGAAACGCAGAAACGAGUAAACAGUCCCUAAAGCUAAUAUAUAUUAGGUUAAAUUAGUGUUUUAUGCCCGUGAUUUAUUAUUUUGGUUUAAUUUAUUCCUCUACUUUUUUUCAUGUUUAAUUUGAUGCUCGCCGUUCAUUCUCUUUUUGUCUUCAUGUGUCCACUUAAGAGAAGGACACAUUGUUUGUCACUAGAUUCUAUCAUUAACAAUCUUGAUGGAAUGAUGACCAAGAUGAAAUUGAAUAUAAAAAAAUUAAAAGAUUAAAUUGAAACAAAAUAAUAAAUUAGAAAAAAAAUUAAUUUAACCUUUAUAUUUUAUGAAAAACUACUACUAGUUUCUAACUUAUGCAAAUACCUAUCAUCAUAUUCAUACCCAUGGAAACAAAUAAAAUUUCACAUUCAAUUUUGACUUUGCGUUCUUUCAUAUAUUAUUUGAAACAAAUUAAAUUAAAAGAGCACUUAACAUCUUAUUCGUUCUAAUUUCUAAAUUAGAACAUAUUAUA